UGAUUCACGAUCAGUAAACGGAAGUUGAGACUACAGCGUUUUACAAAAUGACCAAACCGUGGAAUAAUGCGGAACUAUUAUCCGCGCUACAUUGUACCACCGUAGGAAAUAAAAUAUUGUUACACCACAGAAGACAACUUAGUACAUAGUACCGAAGAUAAUCAAUUUUGGUUAAUAAACUAUUGUUCUCUAGUACAGGUUGUCACUCGGAGAGCAAUGGGGGUACACGGGCUGUGGAAGCUGCUUGAGACCACCGGGAAGCCCAUCAACCCCGAGACACUCGAGGGCAAGAUCCUGGCUGUCGACAUCAGUAUCUGGUUGAACCAAGCGGUGAAGGGUGUGAGAGACAGGGAGGGUAACAGUAUCCAGAACGCCCACCUCCUCACCUUGUUCCAUCGCCUCUGUAAAUUGCUCUUUUUCCGCAUCAGACCUGUCUUCGUGUUCGAUGGAGAUGCACCUCUGAUCAAGAAACAGACCCUGGCCAUCAGAAGACAGAGGAAGGAGGAGAAGACUAUGGAGUCCAAACAGACCAAUGACAAACUCCUCAAGACCUUCCUGAAGAGACAGGCCAUCAAAGCUGCUCUGGGAGAGAGGAGUCAGGAUCAUCUGCCCAGCCUGUCUGCUGGGAGGAGAGAGGAGGACAUGUACAUUCUGCCUGCCCUGCCAGCCCAGGAGGAGGAGAGAGAGAGGAGCAGCUCGGAGCAGGAGGAGGAGGACAGCCGUCACAUCUACCAGGGGGAUUUCUAUGAAGACUCUGUGGACAUCAACUCUGAGGAGUUUUCUGCCAUGCCUCCUGAGGUGAAACACGAGAUUCUUAAAGACAUGAAGGAAUUCAGCAAGAGACGACGCACCAUGUACCACACACCUCCUGAGCGGUCAGGUGACUUCUCCCAGUACCAGCUAGCAGGGCUGCUGCAGAGGAACAAGCUGAACGUGCGUCUGGAGGGAGUGGAGAGAGAGAUGUCCAACCGUAGUGCAGGGAACGCCCCGGGGGUGGAGCUAUACAACCAGGGGGAGGGGCACAGCGUGGAGACACGACGCCUCCUCUCAGAAGACUCCACCCACUACAUCCUCAUCAAAGGUCCGAAGAAGACCGACAACAGUGAGAGGGUCCCAGACAUCCAGCCUGCGGCCUCUCCCUGGUUGGGUGGUCCCCUGUCAGGAAGGGUUAGGACGGGGGGAGGGGAGAAGAGACCUGAGCCCCUUUGGAAACCUAUCUCAGAGGAGGAGAGCCUGGAGGAGGGACCCUCAUCAUCGUCUAAACAUCCCCAGGACACUAACCCGAGCCUGGGGGACACAGCACCGACUUCCCCUAGGACACUGAAGGCCAUCCAGGCUGCCAUGGAUAGCAGCUUCUCAGACGAGGAUGAGGAGGAUAGCUCCUGGGGUAGGGGAGGAAGGAGGGCUGAGGAGGAGGAGGAGGAUAGCUCCUGGGGUAGGGGAGGAAGGAGGGCUGAUGAGGAGGGUGCUGGUGGCAGUGUGUCUCCUCGUACCCUCCUGGCCAUUCAGCGAGCUAUUGGAGAAGAGUUGGAGGUAGGCCCGUCCCAAUACGCCACCAUGAUUGGCAAUUCUCCUGUUAAGCCCCACUCUCCCAGUCCCCAGCGUCCUGCGAACCGAUUGGUCGUCAUCAGCAGCUCACAGGAGGAGACUGAAGGGAAGGACACGCCCCUGAGGACAACUCUGACCAAUGAGGACAGGCUUGAGGUGAAGGGCGAUGAGCAACAGUCGCCCCUCCCCCUUAGCCUUCCCAUUCCUCCCACGGACAGGGUGCUCCUCGGCAGGGAGGAACAGGAUGAAACCGCCACCAAGAGGAACAGAGAGGAGGUGGAGGAGAUUCUGAGGAGGAACAGAGAGGAGGUGGAGCAAGCCAUCGACAACAGGAACAGAGCUUUCCACUCUGCAGUAGGUCAGGGGGACAGUUUGGGUCAGGAUCUCUGUGUCAUUCCCCCAUCAGGCCUAGGUCUAAACAGAGAGAAGGACACGGGGAGGAGAAGCCUACUGACUGGGCCUUUACCUCCAUCGCAGCAGGAGAGGAAUGGAGACAACAACACCAGGGAGGAGAGGAAUGGACAAAACACCAGGGAGGAGAGGAAUGGACAGAACACCAGGGAGGAGAGGAAUGGACAGAACACCAGGGAGGAGAGGAAUGGAGAGAACACCAGGGAGGAGAGGAAUGGACAGAACACCAGGGAGGAGAGGAAUGGACAGAACACCAGGGAGGAGAGGAAUGGACAGAACACCAGGGAGGAGAGGAAUGGACAGAUUGUGAAGAUGGAGGACGGUGAGGAGGACAGUGAUUCAGAGAGCUUCAUUGACGUGUCUGAGGGGGAGGAGCUAAACGAGGAGGAGGAGACAGAUGAUUCACCGAUAGAGGUUGGGGGCGGUGCUCCAUCUAAGGCACAGGAAGACGUGGCCAAUAAGAAGGAGGAAGAGGAGGAGGCUUUAAGUAGCAGAGCGAUCCCUUUGGAAGAGAGGGAGGAGGAAGAGGAACCCCAGCCUCCCACAGAGACCAGCCCAGCUCUUCCUGCCCCAGCGUCUGUUCCUCUACCCAACGAGUGGGAAGACAUCAAUGUGGAUGAGCUGGUGGCGCUAGAGAGCAGUCUUGGAGAGCAGCAGUCCAGUCUGAGAGAACAGAAGCAGCAGCAGGAACGCAUCGCUGCCACCGUUACUGGACAGAUGUGUCUGGAGAGCCAGGAGCUGCUGAGGUUGUUUGGCGUACCCUUCCUGGUGGCUCCCGGUGAGGCCGAGGCCCAGUGUGCAGCGCUGGACCGGACCGACCAGACCCACGGAACAAUCACCGACGACAGCGACGUAUGGCUGUUCGGAGGACGACAUGUCUACAAGAACUUCUUCAGCCAGAACAAAUACGUAGAAUACUACCAGUACGUAGAUCUACAGAACCAACUGGGUGUGGACCGUACCAAGCUGAUUAACCUGGCCUACCUGCUCGGUAGUGACUAUACGGAGGGAGUCCCGGGGGUGGGCUACGUGACCGGCAUGGAGAUACUCAACGAGUUCCCUGGACCUGGAACAGAACCAGUCAGGAUGUUCAGUGAGUGGUGGUCCUCGGCCCAGCAGCAGCAGCAGCGUCUGAACUCUGACCCCCGUGACUCCAAGGUCAAGAGGAAGCUGAGAGGCCUUCAGCUGCGGACGGGUUUCCCCGACCCUGCAGUGGCAACUGCCUACCUGCAGCCCAGUGUCGACCUAUCAGAAAGCUCCUUUAGCUGGGGACGCCCACAUCUCGACCUCCUCAAGGAGUUCUGUGAGAGUCGUUUUGGUUGGAACAGCAGGAAGACAGAAGAGACUCUACAUCCUGUUCUCAAACAGCUCAGCACACAGCAGACCCAGCUGCGUAUCGACUCGUUCUUCCGUCUGGAGCAGCAGGAGAGACAGGCCAUCAAGAGCCAGCGUCUCCGCCGAGCUGUCACCUGUAUAAAGAGGAAAGAGAGGGAGGACGGAGGGAGGGAAGAGAGGGAGGACGGAGGGAGAGAAGAGGAAGAAGAAGAAGGGACUGGCUCCCCGUCCAAGGCUAAGAGAGGGAAAGGGUCAGAGCCAAAGCAGAGGAAAGGAGAGGUAGAGGAGGGAUCAGGGGGGUUUCUGGGGGCAGAGGUCAGUAAACCUGUUCAAGAGGAUAUGGGAAGAACCAGCCAUGAUGUGGGAGUGGCCAGCCAAGAAAGGAAGAAAGAAGUAGGAGUGGUUAGUCAGAAUACGGGAGGCGCCAACCUGGUUGUGGGAGGGGCCAGCCAGCAGAGGAAGGAAGUACCUCCUCCUAAUAACGGCGUACCUAAACUCCUCCCCAGUAGGACGGAGCAGAGUGGCGGCGGCAAUUCCGGGGACGACAGUGACGGGGACAGCGGGGUCGCCAUGGUAACGGCCCAGUCCGUGUUCGGGGGCCAACCUAGGGAAGGGAGAGGGGGGAGGAGGGGGAAGAGAGGUGUGAGGGGGAGAGGCAGAGGCAGAGGGAGGAAGACACUGUGAGAGAACUUUUAAACUUUUAAAACUCUGGACCGUCUGGUGGUGAUGAUGUCAUCAGGGGGGUAUAUUUGACCGAUAAACAGGCGCUGAAACCCACUGGGAACCGUUUUCUGAAUGAUGUUUCUGAAUGAUGAGGGAUAAUGUAUGAGACGUAUUGGUGUAGAAGACGGUGCUGUGUAAAACCCAUGACGUUGUUGAUAAUGAGGCGUCUCUGCCUGUCUGUCUGUUGGUGUAUUUUCUAUGUUUUGGGAUGAAGAUUUGGAAUAAUGAAAAUGUUUUUUUUUGUAUUACAAAGGCAGUCUUGUUAUUUUGUUUA